CGUUCUCCCUAUAUUUGUUUGUAACUCUAGCUUAACCGUUCAACGACAACGUAUGUAAUUUGAAGGCAUUCCAACCAUAAACGGCAGCCACGUUGGAUGAUUAGACACUUCCUACUACCUAUGUACCUACCAUACGACGAAGAGUCAGUGAUUGCCAAUUUUGUAUACUCAACUUUAUUAGGAAUUACCUCGUGCUCAAGAACUUUGAAUCAUCUAAACAACAAUUCGGACCAAUUAAUUAGAAAUACUCCAGUAAACCGCAUAGUACCUACAUAGGUAUUGUUUGCACCGCAGAUCCACCGGCAAUUCAUUACUAGCAUCUCAUUGCUUGGCAUCUCACUGACGAUGCCCCUGGCCGGACAUUUCUUCCCGCAUAUUAUCUGCAAUAUGGAAAGAUAGGCCUCCACUACAAGCUGCAAGGCAUCACAUCAUAUUUUAUCCCAUUACAAGGAAGGUCUUGCAGCACAUCAAUUUUCCUCUCUUGGCAAUUGGCAUGAUACCUCGUUCAAAAUGGACACCACGAUGCGCUUGAGUAACGAUACCGAUUUGAUUCAUGAAUCUCGUCUUAAAGAAACAUUACAAGAGCUCCAGACAGCAGUUAGGGUCCGCGAGAAUACGCUAAAUGAGUUGCGGUCCGCCCCAGCUGCGUUACGCACAGGUCAACCUCAUCCUCCCACAGCAUCAUGGGAUAUCAUGAAGACAGCCUACGACGAGUUGGCAGAACAGACACCAUUUUUGCCGUUCCCGGACUCUGUACUGCCGGCUCUCUUGGCCCUUCGGAAAACCCAUCAGACGGUAGAGGAGACUAAAGCCUACCUAGCAUCCCAUAAAGACUCGGUUGAAAAGACCAAGCGACGACUUGAAGUGGAGAAGUCAAAUCUUGAAGACCAAAAGGCUCUCUCACAGAGCCUACGGAAUCGUAUACAGGCACUGAAGGAUGGCCUGGAGAGCCGGAUGGAGAUGGGACCGGAAGAUAUCGCUGCGGAGCGGAUCAAUGAGCUGAAGCAGAAGAAGAAGCGCUACGAUAAAGAGACAUCCGCGCUCCUUAAGGCUCUCAGAAGGUUCAUCGAUGAGCAUCUAGCAGGCAUGCUUGCCGCCGAAGAACUCGGAGGCCCUGUGGUCGGCGAGAUUAUGGACAUUGACGGAGAUGACCUCGCCGCAGGAUUUAGUUCCCAGGGCAAGCUGAAGAAAGCUAAGGAAAACCCGGAUCAAGACAAACGGCAACGGCGGAUUGACGAGAUAUGGGGUACACGAGAAGGUGAUCAGCCGUCAGCAAAAGCAAGCAAUGACAACCGGGAUGAGACCGCGGCUGCUGGUGCGGAGAUGCGAGAUCUAACUGAGGAACUGCUCAACACCCUCGCGCAAUCGGACGGCGAUAAUUCAGCCGCUUACGUCCAGCUUCCAAGAGAGUCAGCAGCCGCUAGGUUCUUAGUUCGAUCUAGAGUCGCUCAAUUUCACCCCAGAGACUCGACGAAGUUACGAUUAAUCGACUUUGGUAAAGAAUUGGACGAAUAAUACGUUUAUUUCCACCGUAUUCACGGCAUUGCCACGAGUCGGAUAUGUACGUAAGCUACGGCGGCAGGCAAAACGCCACCCAAGUUGAAGCUGUCAAUCAAACCAGGAGGCCUUGUCUUGUUUCCGUUACUACCCCUUAAACCCGUUUUCUAUUUGGAGCCUGAUCUAUCAUAUUGGGACUCGGGGCUUUGAGUAGGUAAUACGUUCAACGCUUAUUAUUUCGACAUUGCUAGUCGUACAAUGGAAUUGGCCUGGACUACCUACUUCCACCGAUCUCACGCCUACAGAUAUGGAUAUCUGUUGGUUCGACAAUUGGUGAUUCUGAUUAUAUUGGAUCUUGAAACAACCUACUAGACAAUUGGGUAAUACCUGUACCACGAUAAUUGCUUUUCUCAACGCAGAAUACCCAUACCAACAUACUCGAAUUCAGAAUUUUAAACCCGGAACGCCGUUCAUAUCCAAGAAUAAUAUGUUCUCUGCACGACAUUUCUAUC